UAUCGUGAAGAGAAACAGAAGGAAGAGGAGGCCGCUCCGUACCGUACACCUCACCGCAGCCACUUUGAUGACCAAACCGCAAACAGGCUCCACUGACACUACUCUCACUCUCUAUCUCUAUCCUAAUCUCACUUCUCACUCCCAAAAACAAAAAUUCACAUGCUUUCAUCAACUAUCUUCUUCUACACCCUCAAACCUAGGGUUCCUCCUCUACUCCAACAUCAAUCACUCUUCUCUACCGUAAACUCGACCAUAAAAGGCGGCAAAUUCUCCCUAAGAGAUUUAACACUGCUGCGUGCCAAGGACUGGAUUCGAACCAAAGAACUCUGGUUAAGCUGGAAGGGACCCCCCGCCAUCUCAUCCAUGUGCUCUUAGGUCUAAUGCAUUGAAUUUCACCUCUGAUUGUUAUUCCCCCGUUUUUGACACUUACUACCAAAAAGAUCACUCUAUAUCAACCAAAGUAAAGCUUAAGACUCCGGGGAAUUUGAUGAGUGGAGGUGGCAGAAAGCUAUCUUCAAACCGGGUUUCAAGAGAUGAACAUGAAUUUUCACCCGAGAGUGCUACUAAUAGCAGUAGUUCAAGGUAUUUGGAAAGAAAUGAUAUGAUAAAUCCCAGAAUGGGAUUUUCAUGCAAGGAACCUUUUUCUAGAGGCAGAGGUUCAAGUAAGGAUGAUGUUUGGAACCCAGACUACAAAGUUUUGGAUGCAACAAUCGCACAAGACACUGAUGGAAGUUACGAUAUGAAAACGUCUCCAGGUUUUGAGGAAUCAAAAAAUAGGAAGCGCAAUCAAUCUGCAAAAAAUGAUUACGGCAGUAUUAAUAUGCUUAUGAGGAUAAAUAGGAAGCACAGUCAAUCUGCAAAAAAUGAUUACGGCAGGAGAAGCAGGAGCCAAAGCCGGAGCCCUCCACGUGGGUUUAGGUAUUCAGCUGUCGAUGAUGAGAACAGAACGAGGGUUGGCGAUGAUGAGAACAGAACGAGGGUUGGCAGAUUGAUACGACCUUGUAGAGAUUUUGCUGCUGGGAGCUGCAGAAGAGGAAGCCAUUGUCAUUUCCUUCACCAUGAUAAGCAAAGUUAUGAGGAUAGUAGGGAAAGUAGACACAUGCAAGAUGGACCCAGAUAUUGUAAUCCCCGUGAGAGCGGUGAUUAUUCUCUUACAAGUCGAAGAUCUAAUGAAGCUUGUAUUCAUUUUGCAAAGGGAAGGUGUAGAGCGGGAGAAUCAUGCAAGUAUGUGCAUCAUGGCAAUUCUGAUGAGUUUGAUGAAGUUUCUGCAGAUGAAUCAUCUAGGAGAAGGGAAAUUGAUAGAAGACACAUAGAUAGUUCAUUCAAGCAGGGUGCCCUGCAUUAUCCAAACCACAGUGGUAAUAUUCCUUGCAAAUUUUUUGCUUUUGGAAAUUGUAGGAAUGGUAAAGAUUGUAGGUUUUCUCAUGAUAGACAAGCAUUUACCAGCCCUAUUAGAAGAUUAAGGGAUGAUAGGUCAAGGAGUAAUCAUGGUGAAGAUCAGGAGUUGGAUAGACAAAUAGUGAGCAAUUCAGUUACUCCUAAUGAAAGGCGAAGAGAUGGUAGACGGGGUUCAGAUGGCAGUAUGGCUGAUGUAGAUAAAGUUUGGGAUGGUCCAAAGCCGAAUAAUUUAGUUGCUGUCUCUGUUACUGCAAACCUGGUUGAGGACAACAAAAAAGGUAUAUUAGGUGCCCCAGAACCUGGAUUCAUGGUUUGGCCAAUGAAUAAUGGAUUGGACCAUAGCUCAGACAGGAACAGAAUACAUAAUGAAUCACCAUUUACAAUUGAUAAGGAAGCCAACUGUAGGACGGCAGAAAAUGCAGCUGACAACAUUCUCAUUUCUCAGUCAGUAGGUGGAGGCUUUUGGCCUGGUGAUGAAAAAAUGUCUCCUGAUUGGAAUUAUGGCGCAAGAUCUUCCAGCCAUAUUAACGAGGAGCAUGGGCAGAAUAAGCAAGAAGGUGCUCCAGGGCAAGGACUAAAUCAGAAUGCUCAGAAUAUAACUGCUUCACAUGUGGUUGGACAGAGUCAAGCAACAGUUUCCAUUGUUCCUCCGAGAUCAAGAGUUAUUGAAGGUUUACAGAACCCGGAGCUCUUUACUAAUGCAAACUACACUGUAGAACCAACUAUCAUGAAUGCAAGCCUAUUGCAAAUUGGUUCAGGAAAUACUCCAAUUCAGAACGUAGUCAGUAAAGAACAACUUAGCUGCCUCUCAGCCUCUCUCGCACAUUUUCUCGGAACAGAUCAGCAGCUCCCACAACUUCAGUCUACUAUAAAUUCUUGUGAUGCAAAGGACACUCUCUUCGUAAGCAAAAUUGAAGGGCAAUCAUCGAAGCAAUAUGAUCCAAUGUGUGAUAGAAUGGAGCCCAAGAAUAUUAAUGCAAGUGGGGUCUCUCCAACCUUUUCUCCUAAUACAAAGAUUCCAAAAGAUACAGCCAGAAUUCCACCACUGUUGUCUAACCCGGGACAAAAUUCUGAUCAUUCUCGUAAACAGGAGAUUAGCAAAAUGGACACUGACAAAAAGGAAAUCUCUCAAUCUGAAAAUAAAAUUACAGAAGAGAAUAGUCCUUUGGUAAACAUGGACCAAAAUGAUGGACCUGAUGAGGCCAAGACAUUAAAGGACAUAAAGGGGAUUCGAGCAUUUAAAACUUCAUUGGUAGAGCUCAUUAAGGAGAUCCUAAAACCAACAUGGAAAGAUGGUAAAGUCACCAAAGAAGAUUAUAAAGCAAUUGUGAAGAAGGUUACUGAUAAAGUAACUGGUACAGUAAAUCGGGUACAUAUACCUCAGACACAAGAGAAAAUUGAACGCUAUUUAUCAGUUUCGAAACCAAAGCUUAACAAACUUGUACAGGCUUAUGUGGAAAAGCUUCAGAAGGCCUAAUGCAAGUGUUGAAAGUUGGCUAUGUAAUAUAUUUACUGUUUAUUAUUACUAUAUUUUGCUAGAGUAUUAUAAUAUUUAUUAUUACCGUAUUUAUGUUUGUCAGUUGCAAGAAGUUUUAUGCAAUGCCCUCUUUAGAUUACCAGCUGAUGUAUAAUUGAUAAAUCAAGCAGCUGUUGUAUAAAUAUAAAUUAUGUGCUGUUUUUUUUGCUAGGAAGCAUUUUAAGUGUAGUGUUGUGCUAACAUUAGUUUACAACCCCCAAACAUUAGACAACUGUUAUUUUUGUUACCUGUUUGUUACAAUUGCUGAAAGAGAAUCAUUUUCUCUUUGAAAUAAUGGAAAAAGACAGUAAAUUUGGA